GGAUUAUGAAGUGUUAAAUUAGUCAAUAGAUCAUCAUGGACCCUUCUUCCUCAAGCCGCAUCCUCUACGAUGUCCCAUGCGCAGUCUGCUGUGACAAUUCAUCUGGUAAACACUAUGGGGUGUACGCGUGCGAUGGCUGCGCGGGGUUCUUCAAGCGAUCAGUGAGAAGAGAUAGAACAUAUGUCUGUAAAGCUAGGAUACCUGGUGCUUGCUUGGUGGACAAGGCGCAUAGGAACCAGUGUCGCGCGUGCCGCCUAACUAAAUGUAUUGAAGUUGGCAUGAAUAAAGAUGCAGUACAACAUGAAAGAGGUCCACGCAACUCGACGAUUAGGCGGCAAAUGGCGUUAUUCUUAAAAGAUCCAGCCCUUCCAUCCUCUGAUGUGGGUUUACAGCCCCCACCUGUGCUGGAUUUAGCUUUGCCUAAACAUAACCUAUUACCACCACCAUCGAUGACCUUAUUUCACAAUCCGUAUAUCUAUAAUAGAAUUAGCCUACCCACGCCUUCAAUAAUACCAUGCCCGGUUAAAGUUCCAUCACCACCUCCAAUUGCUGCUCACAUAAUGACUCCAACAGACCCUGAAGAAAUGUGCGAAGCUGCUGCAAAGCUCUUAUUUAUGAAUGUAAAAUGGGCCAAGAACGUACCUGCAUUUACAACAUUAUCCUUGCCUGACAGAUUACUUCUGUUGGAGGAAUCUUGGAGAGAUCUCUUCGUGAUCGGCUCAGCUCAAUUCUUGUAUCCUAUGGAUUUGAAGAUCCUUCUAAAUGCCAAGAAUCCUACAAUAGAUGCGAAAGAAGUAGAAAACUUCGAGAAAGCACUUACUGAAAUAGCAAAACUUCAUCCAGACAGUUAUGAAUAUGCUUGUCUUAGGGCGAUAGUGUUAUUUAAAACAAGUUUUAGCGAGAAAAGUGACAGUAAUAGUCCAAUACAAACCAGUUCAGAUUACAAGAGGCUGCAAGACCUUCCAGCUGUGGCUUCGUUGCAGGAUCAUUCACAUAGUGUUCUAAGCGAGUACAUUUUAAGAGCGUACCCAUUGAAAGUGGCGCGUCCCAGCCAACUCCUCCAACUGUUGCCCAUCAUCAGAAGGGUAUCCAGCGUCACAAUCGUCGAGUUGUUCUUCCGUGCCACUAUAGGUGAUAUACCUAUUGAGAGGAUCAUCGGAGACAUGUACAGGACAAGCAAAGAUAUCGUUUGAUAUUAAAUUUUGUAACAGUGAAAAACUACCAAAAUUCUGCAUUCCUUAAAUCCUUAAAAGUACUAGAGUAGCGAUUUUCAAUGUGUAGCGAGCAGUUAAUAGAAGUUGAUGGCGCAAGAUUGUUCCUUUUGGUGAUCUAUGAGAAAGGUCUAAUGUAUAUGUUAAACAGUAGCCUUAGAACUAAUUUUAGCGGUGCUAGCGACAGAUGCAUAAAAUGUACUACCUAAUUAUAUUUUUCUAACUUUUAUGUACAUUUAACUGAAAGUUGUUAGCAGACUCUUCCUGUGAUCAAUAAAUAAUAUUGGUGCCUGUAAAAUGGUGAUCCGAUAUAGAAAUGAUAGAGUUAAGAAGCAUAAAAUAAUUGUUUGUAUUAAAACAACAAUUGUGUU